UAGUUCCAGAGCGUGGGACGGGAGAGGUCGCGCGAGAGAGACUCGCGCACCUACUGAGUAACUAGGGAUUUUCUGCGCACGCGACAUCGUCCCUGUCCGGCCCCCCGCAUUUUCUCCUCACCACACACUCCGUCCCUGCCGGAGUUUCCAACUCGCGACCUAGCGCUCGCUCUCUCCGCCCCCUGCCAAAGGGGCUUUCUUCUACCUCGCCCAGACAGGCGAAGCCCGUCCGCCCGCCCGCCCGCGCGUCCUUCGGAAGAGCCACCGCCCGAGAGGGAGACGGAGACCCCGCAGAGGCCGCCGCAGCCAUGCCCAAGAAUAAAGGUAAGGGAGGUAAAAAUCGGCGCAGAGGAAAGAACGAAAAUGAAUCUGAAAAAAGAGAGUUGGUCUUCAAGGAAGACGGACAGGAAUAUGCCCAGGUGAUCAAAAUGUUGGGAAAUGGACGAUUAGAAGCAAUGUGUUUUGAUGGUGUGAAGAGGUUAUGUCACAUCAGAGGGAAAUUAAGAAAAAAGGUUUGGAUAAAUACAUCGGACAUUAUAUUGGUUGGUCUCCGAGACUACCAGGAUAACAAAGCCGAUGUUAUACUAAAAUACAAUGCAGAUGAAGCAAGAAGUUUAAAGGCAUAUGGGGAACUUCCAGAGCAUGCCAAAAUCAAUGAAACAGACACAUUUGGUCCAGGAGAUGAUGAUGAAAUCCAGUUUGAUGAUAUCGGGGAUGAUGAUGAAGACAUUGAUGAUAUCUAAAUCGAACUCAACAUUUACAUUCCGAUUUUUCUGAGGAUUGUUCAACUUUGAUAAUUUCAUUUGGAUUUUUGGCCAAGUCCCAUCCUGUUAAGAAGAAUGAAAGUUCAUUAGCAUGAGUGCAGCUUGUUAAACCAGACUGAUUUAUUUUCGAUGUUUGUUUUAAAAUAUUUAUAUUUCUUUAAAAACUGAUAAUGCUGAAUUACCUUAAGCGAAAUGUUAAGCCCAUUUUGUCUCUUUGGUGAAUUAGAUCUUCAAUGUUUGGGUAAAGAACCAUAACACAUCCAUUUGGUUUUUUGGUUUUGGGGGGUUUCUUUUUUUCUUUUCUUUUUUUUUUUUUCUUUUUCUUUCUUUUUUUCUUUUUUAUUUUGGUUGUUUUUUUUUUUUAAAUGCAUUACUGCCUUUCCUAUUUUGACCACCUCACUUCCAGUAAAUUGAUGUUUUGAAUAAAUUGUUUGCCCUAUGAUUAUCAUGGAUUAUAAUUAAAUCCCUAGUUUGAAUUUGUCUUUUCACUGUACAGAGUCUUUCUGUAUGUUCCAGUUUGCCUAUAACUUCGAGUUUUUGAUAAAAUUUAAGGGAGGCAGAAAUCUGCAUUUAAAGUCAUAAUGCAUGUGUCUUUUUUCAUAUUUUAAUAGCUUAUGGCUAUUUUUAUACUGAUUUUGAUAUUACAAACAUUUCCUCAGUAAUCUCAUCUGUUGCCACCAUAAAAAAGUCAAAUCUAAAAAGAGCAUUUCAAAAAUGCAGGUGUUUAAAAAAAAAAAAAAAACUUUUGAAUUUGUAAGAUUAGUAGUUGCAGAAAUUGAACACUGGGUGGCACCCAAUUACCUUAAAACAUCAGAUAUAGUUAUAUAUUAUUUGCAGAAUUUUUUUGUAUUAAACAUGCCAAGAAAGUUUCCCAAACAAUAAAAAUAAAUGAAUAAUUAUCUUUUGAAGGUAAACAUGUAGAAUGUUUUUAGUUCAAAGGGUUAUGUCUUAAUUGUCAUUUUAUCUUAACCUUCAAAAGUUAUGUACCUUGCAAGAAAAUUUUGGAUAGUUUAUGUACAUUUAAAUUACGGUGUAUAAAUGAAAAUUUGAUGUCAACGUCUGAAAAUUAAGUUUUUGUCCAAAAUUAACCUGAAGGGGUGGAAAAACCAAUGGGAAAGAUAGUCUCCAGUUUCUGAAUGGAAAAACUACUCCUAAACAAGUCUAAUAAAGACUAAAUUAUUAUAUGGAGAUUAACAUAUUUUAGCCUUACUUUGUGUUUUAGGAUGUGUUUUGUUACAUACAUAUUUUUGUACCUUAGUGGAUUUUAUUUUAUUUUUUGGUCUGCACCUGUGAUUCAAUUGGUGUAUGAAACUUCCUCUACCAUUACAGAUGGGCAGCUGUUACAUAGUUUACAAUCUUGGAAAAUUGUCUGGGACACUAAGAAGUUAAGUAACUUGACCUGUUAGAGGCAGAAUUUGAACUCAAGUUUACCUAAUGUCAAGACUGGCACUCUACUAUAUCACUCUGCCUCUAGCUUAACUUUAUUUUAUUUGAUCUUUAUUUCCCUCCAACAUGAUUUUUUUUAGAUUGUCAGUAAUGAUAAAAAAAAAAUCAUAUUUGUACAGUAUUUUAUGAUUUACAAAGUGUUUUCCUCACUACAAUUCUGUGAGGUAAGUAGUGCAGCUAUUAUCCCUACUUUGUAAAUGAGCUAUCUAAGGCUCAAGAGUUUGCAAUUUUGCCAUGGUCAUAAAGUUAAGUGUUAGAGCCAGGAUUUGAACUGGGGGUCUCUAUUCUACAUCCAGUGUUCUUUCCACACCAUGCUGCCUCUGAACUAAUAGUUAUGAAGUCGUGUCAAGGGCUGGACUAUAUAAGGAUACAAUAAGCCACAUUCUUAUCCUAUGCAAUACUGAGGAAGAAAAUCGAACUUGUAGUUUGGUCCCCUGUGAAUCUUAUAAAUGAGGAAAAAUACAAUGAAAAUAAAGGGAAAGCUUUAUCCUUUAAAAAAAACAAACAAUUGUCCUUUGCUAAUAUGAAACCUUGGUAUAAUAUGUGAGGCAAAGAGUAAAACCUUUUGUAUCUAGGGAAAGGAGAGCAUAGAAACAACUCAGUUUUUCUUUAACAUAUAAGUAUCACUAGUCAAUAGGUAAGUGACCCGAGAUAGGUAAUUGAUUGGACAUAUGGAAAAAGGACUUUGGUUUUCCUUACUAAUACUUGUAGGAAAUGGUGCUAAAGGCUCUUUUUGUAUUGAUCAUUUACUUGUGUGAUAAGGAUUCUCUCAAGGUAGCUAUACUGCCUAUGGAGAAUUUUAUCCAAAUCACUUAGAUGAGUUGCUAGAAGGCAUAACGUUAAUGCCUUACUAACAGUAUAUAUCUAUAGAUAUAGAUACAAAUAGAUAUGUCCUCCUGAUAGGGAAAGUAUAAAUAUUAGGUUUGUUUAUUAUGGUCCAAAUUAAACAUUUACCUUAGAACGCCACACCUUGAUGUGAAUGACAUGAUGCCUAUGAAUUACAUCGGGUAUUUUAAAAUUCUCCGCAUUUUACAUUUCACACAUCAGUGCAUUUUCUGCAAAUUCCUAUAAGGAAGACUUAUUCUACCAAAAAAAAAAAAAAAAAAAAGUCUUAAUAGAC